UGCAGGACCACAUCCCCCUCAGUCAGGUAACUCACCGGAAGCAUAAAGCCCACUGGUAGCAGUGGGAUCUGCAGACCAUUCUCUAAGAAACACUCUUUUGGUCCAAUCUCCCUCCCACGCAGCGUUCACGGGACACGAUAUAAGAAGAAUUCUCGUUGUCCCUGCUGUGCUACUACUAGACGUCCUGCAGUGUAUUUUGCCACUGUGGAGCACACGAAUGAUCGUACCCGUCACCUUGCUUUACCCAGCUCUGACGUUCUAUGGUUUUCAGAGCACACUUUUUGAAGCUUUCCGUCAUAUCCUCCGACCUCGUUUUUAUCCUGGUACCAAUGACACUUCAGUGCACCUCGCUGUCCACCCUCGCUGCGGGUCGCUGACUGGAAACUUCUCAGACGUGAACGCAGGUCUUGACAUGAGGAGGUACAAGACAAUCGUAUCUUUUGGGGACUCCUAUACGGACGGCGGCAGGCGCGAUGGCGGACCUCUAGCGCCACCAGUGGUUAUCCCACCGGAUCCUUUUGCUGGCGGCCGUUCCACGAAUGGCAAGGUUUGGGUAGAACACCUUGCCGAGGAAGCUGGAGCUACCCUUUUGGAUUACGCUUGGUCAAGUGCUGUGACAAACAUUACCUUGUGGCCAGAUAAUCCUUUUCCGAGGGACUUUAUCAUGCAAACGACGGUUUUUCUCAACCAGUCACAUCACCUUGACCCAGAAACAACGCUUUUUACCGUAUUUUUCGGAAUUAACGACUGGGAAGAUUCUUUUGUCGAUGGCAACCAUCUCCCUCAAGCAGCCGAAGAUCUCCUUGGCCAAAUAGCCUUGCUAUCCGAGCCACCAACAAAUGCACGGGAUUUUCUCAUAACGGACGUCUAUGGCCGUGGAAUACACAAUACAUGGGGUGAAGCAUGGGUUCAGUCUGUCUUCGAUGGGCUCGUCAAACUCCAUACCCAAUCAUUUUUGCGUCUUAACGUGGCCUUUGCCAACUUUGCGACAAUUUGGGAUGGCGUGCUUGGUAGUAAUCCGGGCUAUAAGGCUUUUGGGUACGUCAGUGCGGAUGCUUGUAAUCCAGGGAGUACGACUGCAGCCUCGUGUCCGGAUCCCGAUCAUUAUUUUUAUUGGUUUUAUGGCCAUCCCUCCAGAGUGACGCAUAAGAUUAUGGCUGACUACGUUAAUGAAGUGCUGGAUCUCUGCCGUGUUUUAUAGACUUCGUUCACCCAUCGAGUUGGACUCGGCCGGAAAUUGUGUACAUAUGUAUACUUACAAAUUCAUUCUUCCAUUUUUUUUUGCAUAGGAC